UCCAACUGUCUGUCUCUCUUGUACCCUGGGACAUGUUCAUGUGGAACUUAGAGCACUGGCUCUGCUGGAUCUAGUCUGCAGGACUCCCUCCUUUCUAUGGUCCUCACACACACUCAUAUGUGAGGAGGGUGUGGAAAUUCAGUCCUGCUUCUGGUUUUGUGUGACCGAUUUCUUUACUUCUGAGCUCAGUAACUGAACAGUCUAUUGGUGAAGAGUGUUAGUGACGCGUCAAAGCUAAGAGUCUUUGCGAAGAGUCAGUGAUGAGUCAAAGCUAAGAGUCUUUGCAAAGACUCUGUGUCCAUGAAGAGUCUUGUUGAUGGUUCUGUCAGUGAUGAGUCAAAGCUGAGAGUCUUUUUGAAGCGUCUGUGUCCAUGAAGAGUCUUGGUGAUGAGUCUGCUGAUGACAAGUCAAAGUUAAGUCCUGUUGAAGAGUCUGGGGUAAACACAGCUGAUCGACACGUUUAGUUGUUUUGUCUCCUCAGAGACUAUCUGACAGAGCAGAGGACAAGUGUUUAGUUAAUGUUUGACAUCACUUCCUCUUCUCCUCUACUGAACACACCGAUGACAUCACUUCCUCCCCUCCAUCAUGAAGGAAGCCUGUCUAACAGUCUCUCAGAGAACGUGAUGGACGUGAGGAGGAGAUGGUUCAUCUCAGUGUGUGAAGGCAACCUGGAGUUAGCAGCAGGGGGCACUCACUUAGAAUUCGUGGACCAUCAGGCCGUCCACCAGGCCUGCUGGACUUCAGGAAACCGGUCAAAUGAAUGAGAUAGGUUGAACACGCUGACUAGACGAUGAACCCUGGUGUGAAUGAGUGAGCGAGCUUCUUUUCCGCAGAUGAGCCUCAGUAGCACGACUGAGUCCCAUUCGGAGGAGGAGCAGGAUGAAGGGCUGAACGACAGCGUGGAUGAGAGGGUGAAGGUGUCUCCCGCUCCAUCGCUGACCAACUUCUCGUCAUCACUGUGCGCCGUCAUCCGGAUCAAGCAGAAGUACCAGGCCCUGAAGAGGCGGCGGCAGGAGAAGGUGCUGGCCCGGGGAGGGAGCGGCAGCCUGGUGGGGUUGCCGGGACACGCCAGCCCCAAAAUAUUCACCUUCGACCCUCUCAGUCUUCCGGGAGCCCAGACCUCCUCUGGCCCGCAGAAGAAGAAGCGACGGAAGAGAAAGGUUUUGUUCCCAGAAAGACAAGGCCGGCGAGUGGCGCCGGGGCAGGAACACAGCCGGGCCAAGUACUGCUUGUACCUGCUGUGCACCAUCGUUUUCCUCCAGGUCUACAACGCCAUCGAGAACUUGGAUGACCACGUCCUCCGCUACGACCUGGAUGGUCUGGAGAAGACGAUGCGGCGGGAGGUGUUUGGCCAGCAGGUGGCGGUUGAGAGCCUAAUGACUCACCUGAAGGACUACCUCUCCACGUACGUGCACAAUAAGCCCCUGGUGAUCUCGCUGCAUGGUCCCAGCGGCGUGGGCAAAAGUCACCUGGGCCGACUGCUUGCAGCUCACUUCCGCUCCAUCGUCGGCGAGCCGCUGGUUCUGCAGUACUACGUCCUGCACCACUGCCCCCUAGAGGACGACGCUCCACGUUGUGCCCGGGACCUGGCCAUACUCAUCUCCAUGACGGUGGAGCGAGCCGAGGAGGAGGAGAAGAUCCCGGUGUUUGUCUUCGAUGAAGCUGAGCACAUGCACGUGGAGAUCCUAGACGCGCUCCGACGCCUGGUGGCCGAGAGACGGACCAACGAGUACAUGAACACCAUCUACAUCUUCCUGAGCAACCUGGGACACCAAGACAUCACCAAGCACAUGCUGCACAACGCCUCCAGUGUGGCAUCGUCUGACCUGGCGCCCAUCUUGCGCCAAACUCUGUCACAGCUGCACCCGCUGUGGGCGGAGGCCACCCUGGUGCCGCUUGGGCUGCUGGAGAAGAGUCAUGUGACCGAGUGUUUCCUGGAGGAGCUGACGCGUGAGGGGUUCUACCCAGACAGGAACAACAUCGAGCGGCUGGCAGCGGAGAUCACAUACUAUGCCGUGGUGGCGGGGCGGGAGUAUUCCCGCACCGGCUGCAAGCAAGUGGUGUCAAAGGUCAACACGCUCUGACGACACCUGAACCACUAGAUGUCGCCACCAUCUAUCCCCGGAACACUUAUUUCUUAACUUUGAUUGACAUGCUGCAGGGUCACAUGACUCGCACAAAUAAAGA